AAAGUACUUCAAAAAAGUGAAACGCCUGCCGGGUUAUCUCGGCCCGUUAUAAGUUAAAAUCGCGGCAACAAAUUUCAAUUUUUAGGGAUUUGUUGAAGUAGGGUUUUGCAUCGGAGCGAUUUGGGAGAAAAUUGUCUGCUGUUUCAUAGCAAGUGAAUCAAGUUCUAUUGCACAUUACAGUUAUUUGGGGGUGUUUUAAUGUUUAUUUAUCACAGCUUAAGAUGGCUAUUGAUGCUGGAUCCGGGAGCAAAAGUAGGGAUAAUGAUAGUAAUAACUCAAAAAACAAACUGGUUAGUAAAGGAUCAUCAAGUUUUGACUCGGGAAAGACAGAUAGAUCCACAAGAUCCUCGGUCAAGGAAGCCUCAUCUAAACAAAUGGAUUUAACCCCUGCAAGUAAACGGAAGUCUGAGCGCCUUGAGAAGCGGACCCCAUCCAUGCCUCCUGCUAAGAAGAAGUCUGUGGGACUUGAACAACAGAACACUCCAAGCCCUUUAAGAAGGUCUGAAAGGUGCUCUACUUCGUCAAGAUCAAAGUACUUAGGCACAGAAUCCAAUUCGUCUAGUAUAAAGAAGGAGAAACAAGAGAAGAUUGUGAAGAAUCUGACAAUGGAAUCUGAAAGUGUAAGCACUACCAAGAAGAAUACUACAACACCUAUUGAUUUAAAAAGGAAAAAAACGGAUGGCAGAACUUCUAAGUUAUUAUUCAAAAAACAAAAGAAAGAAGGUACUGCAUCAGAUGCUUGUGAAGAUGAUGGUACUGAUGGGGAGCAUGGUACUAAAUCUCAAUCGAGUCCGUUGCAUGAGGCAGACCUGGUUGAGCCCGAAGAAAGAAGAAUGCUAUACAAUGAGCAGAAAAGCCUCCAUAUCCAUCUGAAAGCUGAGAUGGCAAAACUUUUUGGAGUGAUAAAAGUUUCGGAAGUCAUCAAACAUACUGCGGAAAAAUUUCUGGAAUAUAUUAUGGAGAAUCAUCAUGUUAGUAGGGAGCCGGAAACAAUUUUACAGGCUUUCCAGAUAUCUCUGGUUAGCAUUUUUUUCUCAUCCACUUCCAAUAUCUCUUUGCCUGUUUUUUUAUGUUUCAAUAAAGUACUUCUGACAUAUUUUGUAUUUUAAGCACAGAUGAUUUCG